AUGAAAUCAGACAAGACUCUAUCGGAAUACUCGGAUUGCCCACAGCAACGCGUUCAUUUUCUCAUCUGUCUCAUCACCAAACUAUUCGAUACUGUACACGCAUCAUCAGCAUCAAAAGACCCUUUCUUCUUCGGCCCUUUAGAUACCACACCAACGAUUCUUAAAAAAAAUAGAGAGACAUACUCCCUACCGAAGUCCCCUCCUUCCCUAUCCGUCUUCAAAACAAAGUGCCACUCGUUUCACAAAGCCCCAUUAUAUUUCCAAGCGACUGGCUCGAGGUUUUUGCGAAUACGGUCACACCCAAGCCUCUUUUACAACGAUCAAACCCCCGCAAAAAGACAAGGAUCUCACUGCAACAAGAGUGCGAAACCACCCAAUCAGACGACGAAAAAGGCCAAGUUUGUGGCAAAGAGCGUAAACUCUGGAUUACCCCCACUUGAUUCCCUUGUGCAUCCUGCAAACGACUAUGUCCCACACUUACUUAUACGCCACAAUGUGUCUUCGAUAACCAAAAAAGCCCCACAUUUAUUAACUACUCAGCAGUGCGAUACCACUUUCUAG